AUGCCAGCUCCAUUCAAAAAAGGUUCCGAAAAAAAAGGUGCUACUUUAUUCAAAACUAGAUGUUUACAAUGUCACACCGUUGAAAAAGGUGGUCCACACAAAGUUGGUCCAAAUUUACACGGUAUUUUUGGUCGUCAAUCAGGUAAAGCUGAAGGUUAUUCAUACACCGAUGCCAACAUUAAAAAAGCCGUUGAAUGGUCAGAACAAACCAUGUCUGAUUAUUUAGAAAACCCAAAGAAAUAUAUCCCAGGUACUAAAAUGGCCUUUGGUGGUUUGAAGAAAGAAAAAGAUAGAAACGAUUUAGUUACUUACUUGGCCAACGCUACCAAAUAA